CCUAAAAAAGCCCUUUUUUUCUUAAAAAAUCACAAUAAAAAAAAAAUAAAGAUUGCUCAUCAUCAUCUGAUAAAAACAGAAGGAGAGACAUUUGUUCAGGCACUUAAUUCAUGACAUUCAUCUUGUUUUACCUUUACAAGUAUUUUUCAUAGAAAUUUCUGACACGCCAAAAGCCGUUACACAACAGGCUCUUUGUCUUUAGCCGUGAAUGUGACGACAGAUUUACCCAGCAGACAUCACGGUGAUGUGUGCAAAUAAGCUUUGUUUCCUGAGGCAGCUGCUUAUUUGCACACUGACGCUGCAAUGUGCACAUGAUACGACGCAAACACGGCUGCAGCCCCACAUCGCAACCAAAACAAGAGUUUAAUUCAGUCCAACAACACAAACCUCUAAAGCUCGACUCUUUUCAGGAACGCACUGAUCGAUACAGAUCGAUUGAUUUCGCGAUGUUGCUGUUUGCAGGCCAUGGAGGGCUCCAUGCUGACUCUGAGCCUGGCCAACUGGAUGGAGCUUCCCGGACUCAAACUAAAGGACUGGAUGAGAGAGAAACGCAGAAAUGUCCGUAAUGACCGUGCCACACCAGCAGAGAUCGCCUCGUACUACCAACACUACGUUUCCCAGAUGUCCCUGGAGCAGAGCUUUGCAUGUGGAACCACCGUCACCUCGGUAACCAGACAGCCGGGCGACCAGGAGGCGUCGCCGCCCUGCUGGAGAGUGACGGGGCUGCAGCGCCGGGAGGGGGAGGAGCUGGGAGACGGCUCAGCUGUUUCAGACGAGGUGCCGUUCUCCCUGCUGGCUCACAACGUCGUGUUGGCGACGGGGACCCACGACAUCCCGGCCAGGCUCGGCGUGGAGGGCGAGUCCCUGCCCUACGUCUGCCACUCCUUCUGGGAGCUGGAGGCCGCCAUCUCCCGCGGCGAGCUCGACCAAUCAUCAGACCCCGUGCUAGUGGUGGGGGCGGGGCUUACGGCGGCCGACGCGGUACUCGCCGCCCACCAUCUCAAUACGCCCGUCUACCACGCCUUCAGACGCUCAGUCACGGACCCCGGACUCAUCUUCAACCAGCUGCCCAAACUGCUCUACCCAGAGUACCACAAGGUUCACCAGAUGAUGAUUCAGCAGCAGCACCAGCCGAGUCCUCCGCCGCAGGGCCGCGCCCACAACCUCCGCGACCCCUCCGCUCCCUCCUCCCACCCGCCCUCCUCAUCCCCCUCCUCCUACCCGGGUUACCUGAGCUUCCCUCGCCACAGGGUCGCGGCGUUCCGACCGGACCGCAAGUGCGUCCUGGAGUCCGACUCCGGCCAGCGGACGGUGGUCCAGAUCUCUAAGGCGCUGGUUCUGAUCGGCGCCCACCCAAACCUUUCCUUUCUGGGCGACAAUGGGCGUCCACUUGGCAUCAACCCCGAGGAGCCAAUCACGUGCCGGAGGAACCCCAUCGAGGCGGACCCGUUCACGAACAGGGUGGUGGCGGCAGAGGGGCCGGGCAUGUACGCCAUGGGGCCGCUGGUCGGCGAGAACUUUGUCAGGUUCCUGAAAGGAGGAGCGCUGGCUAUCGCGAGCGACCUGGCGAGGACGCAGAGGGAGGGAGGGGACGCGACCUCAGACAGAUCGAUGGACAGAUGGGUGGACAGACGGGUGACCACUCAGACAAAAGCGAAGGUUUGAGCUCCGGAUUCGGAAAAAUUCAGCAGACUGAAGCAAACUGAACAGCUCCGAACCCAUCGAUCGAGGUCACGUGUUUUCCAGAAAUACGACGUAGGGAAAUAAAACAGGCUGCUAAGUCGUUUCGGGGCGUGAAGACGGGCGACCAGCGGACGCUGGACGUGCACUGAGGGUCUGACGCGUUAUUGGAUCAACUGCUCGGCAAAAAAAGACCCGAGGCGUCCUGCAGAGAAACGCUGCUCUGACAGAAACGGCUUCAUGUGAGCCGGAGUUAGAAAGAGAUAUUUUAGUUUAGGUCCUCGUCGAACUUUAAAGCUUGAAAUGUUGAAUGUCUGAAAAGCCGCCAUCGUUACUUUAACCCCUUGAAACCUGGAUUGAUGUCAGUUUUCUUGUGCUGCAUUCACACCUUUACAAGUUAUUUGACCCUUU